AUGGAUAACAGAAGGUCUACUACAGAAUAUGUGUUCACUGUGACGAGAGGACCUAUUUGUUGGAAGUCCUUGAUACAACAUAUAGUGUCAUUGUUCACCACUGAGUCAAAGUAUAUAGUAGUAGUUGAAACAAUCAAGGAAGCAUUGUGGCUUGCAAGUUGGUCAAAGAACUGGGUGUUCAAUAAGGCAUCGACUGUUUUGGAGUACCUAGUUGGAAAUGGAUCUGAGCGAGUAAUUGACGACAUGAGGGAGCAUGCUUACCAGAUAUUGAUUUUAUCCGACUUCCAGUACAUUGAUUCAAGUGGAAGAGAUCAGGGACAUAAUGUUAGAAGGAAAUCCCAAGCCCUCGUAGCUCUAAUUAAUGAUAAAGAAAGGAUACAGGAAGUUAGAUUUCAAAGUACACAUUCAAGUAGGCCUGAUUCAUAUCCAAGCCCGAGGCAUUAUGGUGACCGUUACGAUGAUGAUCAUUCUGAUAGUCGUUAUGCUAGCAGAGAUGAUGACCUGUAUGGUAAUUGGAAGGAACGAGAUUGGGGUUACAAAGAUGAUGAUAGAAGUGUCAGGGUUAGCGAUCCAUAUGGUCGAUAG